AUGUGGGGCGAUGGUGGCGGCCGGGUGGCUGCCGUCCAUCGACCAUCACACAACGUGAACCGCUGGCACAUCGCGGACAUGGCGACCGAGCACAGCAGUGAACGGGCGCCUGGAGCCAAGCCGAGCUCGCCGUGGAUGGAGCGGGCGGUGGUGGGGGUGCUAGGCGGACUCUCGCGGUUGUUCAUGCAGGUCUUCUCGUCGACAAAGGUCUCUGGCCGCGAGCGGCUGGUGGCGGCAGUCGAGGAGCGCGACGAGGGUGUGGGGCUGGUCACCGUCUCCAACCACGUCUCGAUUUACGAUGAUCCGUUUACGGUGGCAGCGGCUGUACCGUGGAUGUGGCUGUGGGAUACCCACAAGCUGCGGUCGACGCUCUGCGCCACCAACCGCUGCUUCUUCCACCCUGUCAUCGGCAAGAUCCUCUCGCUCGGCAGGGUCCUUCCUGUUCAGCGCGGCGACGGCAUGUACCAGCCGUACAUGGACGAUGUGGUGGCGCGAGUGGCUGCUGGCGAGUGGAUCCACCUCUUUCCCGAGGGUACUCGCACCGCCCUCCCGCCGGCCAUGCUUCCGCUACGUCCGGGCAUCGGCCGGCUCGUCGCUGACCCGCCGGUCACCCCUGUCGUCCUCCCGCUCGUCCACGUGGGCAUGCACACGCUCGCCGGCCGUGGCUCAGUCGUCCCGUCGGUUGGCCAGGCCGUUACUAUCGUUGUCGGCGAGCCUGUUGCCUUUGACGAUCUGCUCGCGGCCUACGCCCCGGGAUCGGUCUCGGACCUGCCGCGCGACGAGCGCGAGGCUCUGUACAACGCCAUCGCGCUCCGCCUCCAGCGUGUCAUGCACAAUUUGCUCCUCGAGGCUAACGCUGUUCACCACGCACAGCCUCAUUGA